AUGGCCGCCGACGUCUUCAUGUGCUCCCCGCGCCGGCCCCGCAGUCGGGGCCGCCCGGUGCUGCUCAAGCCUCAGGUGCCUGAGGACGACGACGACUCGGACACCGAUGAACCGUCCCCGCCGCCCGCCUGCGCUUCGGCCACCCCGGGCCGGGCCCACGCGAGCGCCGCGCCGCCGCCGCCCAGGGCCGGGCCGGGCCGCGAGGAGCCUCCGCGCCGUCAGCAGAUCAUCCACAGCGGCCACUUCAUGGUGUCGUCGCCACACCGCGAGCACCCGCCCAAGAAGGGCUACGAUUUCGACACGGUCAACAAGCAGACGUGCCAGACCUACAGCUUCGGCAAGACCAGCUCCUGUCACCUGUCCAUCGACGCCUCGCUCACCAAACUCUUCGAGUGCAUGACCCUGGCCUACAGUGGGAAGUUGGUGUCUCCAAAGUGGAAGAAUUUCAAGGGCCUGAAGCUCCAGUGGAGAGAUAAGAUCCGGCUCAAUAAUGCCAUCUGGCGGGCGUGGUACAUGCAGUAUUUGGAGAAGCGCAAGAAUCCCGUGUGCCACUUUGUCACUCCACUAGAUGGCUCUGUUGAAGUAGAUGAGCAUCGCAGGCCAGAGGCCAUCACCACAGAAGGGAAGUACUGGAAAAGCCGCAUUGAGAUCGUGAUCCGGGAGUAUCACAAGUGGAGAACCUACUUCAAGAAAAGGCUACAGCAGCACAAGGAUGAGGACCUUUCCAGCCUGGCCCAGGAUGAUGACAUGCUUUAUUGGCACAAACGUGGGGAUGGAUGGAAGACCCCAGUCCCCAUGGAGGAGGACCCACUGCUGGACACAGACAUGCUCAUGUCGGAAUUCAGCGACACCCUCUUCUCAACACUUUCCUCACACCAGCCGGUGGCCUGGCCCAACCCCCGGGAAAUAGCACAUCUGGGAAAUGCAGACAUGAUCCAGCCGGGGCUGAUUCCUCUGCAGCCCAACCUGGACUUCAUGGACACUUUCGAACCCUUCCAGGACCUCUUCUCUUCCAGCCGCUCCAUUUUUGGUUCCAUGCUGCCUGCUCCUGUCUCAGCACCUGCACCAGAUCCCAACAGUCCACCUGCUCAGGAGAGCAUCCUGUCAACCACCGCUCUCCCCACCGUGAGCCUCCCUGAUGGCCUCAUAGCACCUCCUGCAGCCACCACCCUGGACCCCACGGAUAGGCAGGGCUGUGAACGAGAUCCCCGGCCUGGAGACCCCUUUAUCCAGCCCACAGACUUUGGUCCUCCUGCACCGUCGCUGAAUGUCCCUCAGCCUUUCCUCCCUGUGUUCACCAUGCCCUUGCUGUCUCCCAGCCCUGCCCCAGCACCUGCUUCUCCUGCCCUGCCUUUAGCCCCACCACCCCCUGCCCCUGCCUUGAGCCCCUCGGCUCCACCUACCUUCCUACAGCCGAAGUUUGCUGGAGCCAGCAAGUCACCCUCCGUCAUCACACACACGGCUUCUGCCACCCUCACCCAUGAUGCGUCUGCCACCACCUUCAGCCAGAGCCAGGGCCUUGUCAUCACAACCCACCAUCCCACGCCCUCAGUGUCCCCCUGUGGCCUGGCACUCCCUCCGGUCACCCGGCCGCCAACUGCCGGACCUCCCCAACCCUGUUUAACUUUUGUGCACCCCAAACCUGUCUCUUUGACUGGGGGGAGGCCCAAACAGCCCCCCAAAAUAGUGCCUGCUCCCAAACCGGAGUCUGUGUCCGUGGUAUUGAAGAAUGCUUGCAUUGCCCCAGCUGCCUUUUCAGGACAACCACAAGCAGUGAUUAUGACAUCAGGCCCUCUGAAGAGAGAAGGGAUGUUGGCUUCUACCGUGUCGCAGUCCAAUGUGGUCCUUACGCCUGCUGCCAUUGCCCGGGCUCCUGGAGUCACGGAGUUCCACAGUGGCAUCCUGGUGACAGACCUUGGCCACACCACGAGCAGCCAGCCGGCCCCUGUCCCUCGGCUCUUCUCUCCAAGCGCUAUGCAAGACUCCCUGGUGAAGGGCGAGCAGGUCCCUGCCACGGGUUCCAGUGAGUAGGAAUCUCUGUUCUUCUCAGGUCGAGAUUGCCCAAACUCAGGGCAGGCCUCUCCAUGUGCUUCAGAGCAGAGCCCCAGUCCCCAGUCUCCCCAGAACAACUGCUCAGGGAAAUCUGCAGACCCCAAAAAUGUGGCUGCUUUAAAGAACCGGCAGAUGAAGCAUAUUUCAGCUGAGCAGAAAAGGCGCUUCAACAUCAAGAUGGGCUUUGACACCCUCAACAGUUUGAUCUCUAAUAAUUCCAAGCUGACCAGCCACGCCAUCACACUGCAGAAGACCGUGGAGUACAUCACCAAGCUGCAGCAGGAGCGGGGCCAGAUGCAGGAGGAAGCCCGGCGGCUGCGGGAGGAGAUCGAGGAGCUCAAUGCCACCAUCAUCUCCUGCCAGCAACUGCUUCCUGCCACAGGAGUGCCCGUCACCCGGCACCAAUUCGAUCACAUGAGGGACAUGUUUGAUGAGUAUGUGAAGAGCCGGACCCUACAGAAUUGGAAGUUCUGGAUUUUCAGUAUCAUUAUCAAGCCGCUGUUUGAGUCCUUCAAGGGGAUGGUGUCCACCAGCAGCCUGGAAGAGCUGCACCGGACGGCGCUGUCCUGGCUGGACCAGCACUGCUCCCUGCCCGUCCUCAGGCCAACGGUGCUGCACACCCUCCGGCACCUGAGCACCACCACCUCCGUUCUGACAGACCCGUCCCAGCUGCCAGAGCAGGCGGCAGAGGCCGUCACCGGAAUCGGCAAGAGAUCGGGGGAGUCUUAGCGGCGCCUGGCGGGCACGUGGCCGCGCAAGAUGCCAUGGAG